AUGAAAAAAAUUAAAAUCAAUAAAAAUGGUUGCACUCAAUCACCUACUCUACAUCAAUUAAUCACUUACAUACUUUAUUUUCCAAAUCUCUUAAUUUGUUAUUUACUCAUAUCUUUACUCGAUUACAUUGUAAAUUUAUAUCUACAUUUUAGGCUAUACAUUUCACUAUUUUAGGAAUCUUAACUUUGAUAUCUUUAUUUUCAAGUGUCAAAACUACUUUAAGUUGUCCAAUUGAUUAAGUUAUCAUUAAAUAAAUUUAAAAUCGUCUUUCAGGGUAAGAUUGAUCUGUAAUCCUAGAUAAUCAUUCAAUCCUGGAAAUCAUAAAUUAGAUUCAUUUUGUGAUAUAUGUUAUGCCUAUGUAUAAGAACAUUCUAAACAUUGCAGAAAUUGUGAUAUGUAAAACAUAUUCAAAUCAUUAUUAGAUGUUGUUAGGGAUUUGAUCAUCACUGUAAAUGGAUUAAUAAUUGUGUUGGAAAUCUAAAUUACAGAAUGUUCAUCUUAAUGAUCAGUUCAACAAUGGUUUUGUUCAUAUACACUAUGUUUAUUUAUAUCUACAUUAUCAUAUUGUAUCAAACAAAUUAUGAUACACUUGUUAUAGAUAAUGAUUUAUAAACCUUUGUAAUCAUUUCUUUAUUAUGUUAAAGCAUUUUACAAAUGAAAACGAUCUUAAUAUCAAAUAUCUAUUAUCUAUUAUAAUGUUAGGAGAUUCCUCUUUGAUUGUAAUUUUACUAUUACAAUUACUGAUCUUUCAUAUUUAUUUAAUCAUAAAAGGUCAAACAACUUAUGAUUUUUUAAUUUAAAACUCAUUUAAAAAGAUUUUGCCACAAUUUCAAAUUGGACCUUAAAUUUUUCAGACAGCAUCAAAAACCAACAUAAAAGUUAAUAAUGAAAUAUAUGGAUUGGGAAAUAGAAAUACUAUGUAACUUCAAUUAUCAUUUUUAGAGUUGAUAUAAAUUAAAGUUAACAAAAAAUAAUUCCACAGACUGAUCAAAAUUAGAUUGUAAUUGAAAAUCAAAUUUUAAAAUGA